AUGUUGAAUUUAUUAAUAUUUUUACUAUUCAUUAUUAUUGGAAUAUCAGGAAUUUCUUAUAAUCGACCAAGAUUACCUUUUGGUGCAUUUUGGAAUGAAAAUGGAACAACAAUUCUCAAUAAAACUUUAAUUGGAUCAGAUCCUUUAGAUUUUUUUAUUAAUCAAAAUAAUACAAUUUAUAUACCAAACCGAUCUACUGGACAAAUUCUUCUGUUUUUUCAAGGAAAUUUAAUAAAAAAUGUUUCAAUUAAUGUAACAAAUUCAUCGACAAUAUUUGUAAACAAUAUUAAUGCAAUUUAUCUUGAUACAUUUUAUUCAAUUUAUGGUGGAAUAAGUCAAAUUACAUCAAAUUUAACAAUUUAUCCAAUAUCAAGAAUGAAUAUAUGUUCUCAAUGUUUUGAUUUAUUUUAUAAUGAUCAAAAUGAAAUGAUUUAUUGUUCAUUGAGUGAACGACAUCAAAUUAUUGCAAAAUCAUUAGUCAAUGAUUGGAAUCCAUUAUCAGUUGUUGGUGGAACAGGUCGACCUGAUUCAACACCAACAACACUUCGAAGACCAUAUGGAAUAUUUAUUGAUGAAGCAAAUUCAGAUUUAUAUGUUGCUGAUUGUGGAAAUAAUCGAGUACAAAAAUUCUCAUCUGGAAAAUUAACUGCAAUCACCAAAGUUGGAAAUAAUUCAAUAAAUCUAACAAUAAAUUUAAAUUGUCCAACUGCAAUUGUGUUAGAUUUUGAUGCAUAUUUAUUUAUUGUUGAUUCUGAUAAUAGUCGAAUUAUUGGUGAAAAUCAAAAUGGUUUCCAUUGUUUAAUUGGAUGUAAUGUAUCAACAGGUUCAGCAUCAAAUCAAUUAAAUCAACCAUGGAGUCUAAAUUUUGAUCCGUAUGGAAAUAUUUUUGUAAAUGAUCGAAGAAAUAAUCGAAUACAAAAAUUUGAUUUAGAUAGCAAUACAUUGAAUUGCUCCAAUAUGACUAUUUUACCUGGUUAUGAUUUACCUGGUUACGAUCUAAUGUCUCAACCAUCGAUGACUUUCGCAAGCUGUUGCACCUGGUGUCUAUCAGUUGUAAAUUGCAAAGCAUUUACUAUGGAAACUCUAGGAAACAGAUGUUUUCUCAAAUAUGCUUAUGGUUCUCCCUAUAGUAAAGCGGACAAUAGUGCUCGUUAUUAA